AUGAGCGAUAUAGUGGAGAAGACCUUAACGGCGCUGCCGGGCCUCUUUCUGCAGCACCAGGCAGUUGGAGGCUCUGGGGUGCCCAGGGUGUCCGUUUCCUCUCGGCUGGGCAGCCUUAUCCGCAGCAUCACCGCGCUCACGUCCAAACACGAGGAGGAGAAAUUAAUUCAGCAGGAACUGGCUAAUCUGAAGGCAACUGUUUCUGCACCUGGUACUACAUUGAGACUGAUGAAAGAAUGUAUGGUGAGACUUAUAUAUUGUGAAAUGCUUGGAUAUGAAUCUUCCUUUGGCUAUAUACAUGCUAUCAAGUUGGCACAACAAGGAAACCUCUUAGAGAAGAGAGUUGGUUAUUUGGCAGUUUCUUUAUUUCUACAUGAAAACCAUGAACUGUUGCUUCUCCUUGUGAAUACGGUUGUAAAGGACUUGCAGAGCACAAACCUGGUUGAAGUAUGCAUGGCACUUACCAUCGUCAGUCAGAUCUUUCCUCGAGAAAUGAUUCCUGCUGUUCUUCCACUUAUAGAGGAGAAGCUACAACAUUCUAAGGAAAUUAUACGAAGAAAAGCGGUUCAGGCAUUGUACAAAUUCCAUCUCAUUGCUCCCAAUCAAGUACAGCAUAUUCACGUAAAAUUUAGGAAAGCACUUUGUGACAGGGAUGUUGGAGUCAUGGCUGCUUCUCUGCACAUUUACCUUCGAAUGAUUAAGGAGAAUCCAUCUGCAUAUAAAGACUUGACAGGAAGUUUUGUAACAAUCUUGAAGCAAGUAGUGGGAGGAAAGCUCCCAAUGGAUUUCAAUUACCACAGUGUACCAGCACCUUGGCUACAAAUUCAGCUUUUGAGGAUAUUAGGACUUCUAGGAAAAGAUGAUCCAAGGACAAGUGAAUUAACAUAUGAUGUUCUUGAUGAGUCCUUAAGAAGAGCUGAGUUAAGUCACAAUAUCACAUAUGCUAUUUUAUUUGAAUGUGUGCAUACAAUUUAUACCAUCUAUCCUAAACCUGAAUUGCUUGAGAAGGCUGCUAGAUGCAUUGGAAAAUUUGUUUUGUCUCCAAAGAUAAAUCUCAAAUAUUUAGGACUAAAGGCUCUUACCUAUGUUAUCCAGCAGGAUCCCAAUCUGGCACUUCAGCACCAGAUGACAAUAAUUGAAUGCUUAGACCAUCCUGAUCCCAUUAUUAAAAGAGAGACAUUGGAACUUCUUUAUAGAAUUACUAAUGCACAGAAUGUAAGUGUUAUUGUCCAGAAAAUGCUUGAAUAUUUGCAGCAGAGCAAAGAAGAAUACAUCAUCAUCAGUUUAGUUGGCAAAAUAGCUGAGCUGGCUGAGAAAUAUGCUCCUGAUAAUGAAUGGUUUAUCCAGACGAUGAAUGCUGUAUUUUCAGUGGGAGGAGAUGUUAUGCAUCCUGAUAUCCCUAAUAAUUUUUUGAGACUCCUGGCAGAAGGUUUUGAUGAUGAAAACGAAGACAAACAGCUAAGACUCUAUGCAGUCCAGUCUUAUCUUAGUUUACUAGAGAUAGAAAAUGCAUUUUAUCCACAGAGAUUUCUUCAGGUCAUGAGCUGGGUAUUAGGGGAAUAUUCCUACCUUUUAGAUAAAGGAACACCAGAGAUGGUUAUAACAAAGCUCUACAGAUUGCUUAUGAAUAAAUCUACUACUUCAGAGACAAAAGCCUGGAUCAUGGCUGCAGUAACCAAAUUGACACCUCAAGCACUCUCCUCUAAGACAGUUGAUAAACUAAUACAGGAAUUCAGUGUAUCUUUGGACACUUGUAUGAGACAACAUGCUUUUGAAUUAAAGCAUUUGCAGGAGAAUGUGGAACUUAUGAAGAACUUAUUUCCAAUUGAUAAAAGUUGUGAAGAUUUAGUGGUAGAUGCUUCUUUAUCUUUCCUGGAUGGUUUUGUGGCUGAAGGACUGGAUCAGGGAGCAGCACCAUAUAAACCUCACCAUCAGCGACAAGAAGAAAAGCUUUCCCAGGGAAAAGUUCUCAAUUUUGAACCAUAUGGACUGUCCUUUUCUUCAAAUAUGUCUUCAUCUGGUUGCACUGGACGGCAGUCUCCAGCUGGCAUCUCUCUUAGUUCUGAUGUAUCCGGAAAUAGUGCUGAAACAGGACAGAAGGAGACAAAUAGCCUGAAGCUGGAAGGUGUGAAAAAAUUGUGGGGAAAAGAAGGCUAUCUUCCUAAAAAGGAAAACAAAGCUGGAAACAACCCUGAGCUUCAACCUGUUCCUCAGGACAGUACAUUAAUGGAGAAUGUGGAUCAGAUGAUGAUAAAGAAGGAGCAAUCCCAGGCCCUUCAUCAUUCAGAGGAAGAGGUAGAAAAACAGCGUCUGGCUUCAACAUUAUUUGUUGGGCUGGGAUCAGAAAGUGCAGUCAGUUUGCUGGGAAAAACAGAUACUGUUUCUCACAAGUUCAGAAGGAAAUCGAAAGUUAACGACACCAAAAAUAGAGAAGUAACUAGUGCACAUAAUAUUAACUGCUCUUCUUUCAGUCCUUUGUCAAAUGCACCUUAUGGAGAUAAUAAUCAUUUGAACAAUUUUCAAGACGAAGGAGACACAGGAUUAAAGAAAUGUUCUCUUGGUUCAGAAUUUUUGGAAUCAAGUUUAAAAUCUGAGUCACUCACUGAAUUAGAUUUGGUUGAGAAUCUCUCAGUUUGCAACCUGUCUCAACCUUCUUUAUUUGAAGAGAAUAGCAUGGAUAUUUUUCACCCUCCUCAUCCUACUCCUUCCUCAUUUGUCACUGACAUCGCUUUGAUGUCUUCCUUAUUGGAAGAACUAAAUGAACAUGUACAUUCAGAUCUAGUGGAACUCUGUAACAAUGAAAUGAUAACAGUAUCUUCUUGCAAAAUAUGGAAAGAUGACUGUUUAUUGCUGGUCUGGAUGGUUGCUAACAAGAGCAAUUUGCAACUGAAGAGUAUGAAUUUAGAAAUUACAUCUACAGAAAAUUUCAAGAUUCUUGAGCAUCCUGGCUUCUCUUUUCCUGUAAUAGAAGCAGAAAGUACCACAAGCAUCCAGCAUUGUAUACAGAUGGAAAAACCUUUUACAGAGGAGGGUCUUUCUGGUUAUGUUAAAUAUCAGGUGGAAGAGGAUCCAUAUAUUCAGCUAGAAUUUUCAGUAACCAUAUCACUAUUGGAUUUCAUUAGACCAAUGAAGAUUUGUACCGAAGACUUUGGUAAACUUUGGCUAUCCUCUGGAAAUGAUGUGAAGCAAAAUGUAAAGAUGCCAGAUUCUCAAGCUAAUCUGCCUUUUGCCUUGAAGAGCCUGCAACAGAAACUAAGACUGCACAUUGUUGAUAUUAUAGGAAAUGAAGGAAUAUUGGCUUGUCAGCUCCUUCCAUCAAUCCCUUGCUUGCUACACUUACGGGCCUACGCAGGAAUAGUAGCUCUGUGGUUCAGAUCUUCUUGCUCCACUCUUCCAGAUUAUUUACUGUAUCAGUGUCAAAAGGUGCUAGAGGAAUCUUGA